AUGGCAGCGCCCGCACUUGCGCUCCUGAAGAAUGCUGAUGGUUAUGAAGAUGUGGCUGCCAGGGUAAAGCCUUCUGCCGAAGCUGCAUGGGACAUCCCGAGUGGCAGCCUUGUCGAGCUUGUGGAGGACUGGGUCGAGUGUGAGUCUGGCAAGCUCCGAGGCUUUAUCAAAGGCAAGAACUUGCCGGCGGUUGCAUCAAGCAACCCUGGGGACUGGUUGGAGGUGAUGCUUAUCGUCGUGGGAAAUUGGAAUGCCUGCUGGACUGGCUGGUUGAGGUUUUCUCACCCGGGUGACCCUGACUUUGGUGGAGACGGAGGUGCAACAUCUUCGUCCUCCUCGAAGGGGCCGGUGCAUCACCCUAGUGCCGAAGCGGCCGCCGUGGCCUCCUCUGGGAAGCUGGAGGAGAAGGAGGCGAAAGAGACGUCAAAAGAUGCAGAGAUGGUACCAGUGGAGGGGGAUGACAAGCCUGAGAAGCCUGAAGUGCUGGAGAAGGCUGCAGAAGCGCCGGCAGCGCCUGAAGCCGAAGACGGUGUGCCUGAGGCGGAUGUGGCCAUGCCGGCGGCGCCGGCCCCUGCUGCGCCGGCCCCCACUGCACCGGCGGCCCCAGCUGCGCCGGCGGCCCCAGCUGCGCCACCGGUGCCAGCGCCAGCAGGUGCUGCUGGUGCGGCAGAGCCUGCAGCACAUGCAGAAUGUCGAGAUUGUGACUGUUGCUUUGACAACGUCCCAACAACCGAUGGAAUUGGCUGCCCUUCGGGCGAGCACUUCUUUUGCAAGGGCUGCAUGGCCAAUUUCCUGGUCGCGUUCAAGACUGCAGACUAUGCAGAUCAAAAGAAGGCCAAAGGAAGGGCUCUAUGUCCGAUGAAGGACUCCGAGACUCCCUUUGGUGAUUCGGUGCUCGCCGCGGUGGUGCCUCAGGACGUCUUCGAUGAGUAUCUGCAAAUUCGCAUCAAGGUGGCCGAGCAAAGCAUCCAGGAGCACUUUGAAAAGGAAAACAGCGCCAAAAUCGAUGAGCUCAAGGAGAAGCUGGCGAAAGCUACCGGCAGCAGCGAGCAACUGGAGCUGGACAAGCACCGGCUCAAGGUCAUAGACGAGAUCUUCACUCUGAAAUGCCCGAGGUGUGCGAUGGCCUUUCUGGAUUACGACAACUGCAUCUUGCUUGCCUGGCUUUCCUGGCUUACUUUGCUUCAAUGGGAUUGCGGAAAGGAUGCCCAUCAGCAUUUCUACAAGAACGGCAGCAAGUGUCCACAUGAAGGUGGCCCACUCUUCAUCGCGUACAAUCUGUGGCAAGAGUACCAAAACCGACGCAAGGAGCGUCUAUUGUGUGAGUUCCUUGCGAGCCUGCCGGAGGACACCCGCAAGAAGGUGGCCGACUUGAUAUCUCCAGAUGCAAAGGAUCUGGGGAUUGAGGAUUUGACUGCGGCCAGUUUGGUGCGGGAGGAGCUCAAGAUUCCUGACCCGAAGGAGAAGGCGUGGUGUCAAGCCCUGACUGCUUUCUUGUCCAGAUGGACUGAGCUCGGUCAGCCUUGA